AUCUUAUUGCUUCCCCAAAUCUUCUCUGAAGUCUCUGAAACUACCCCAAAUUCUAAAAUUGGACGCCAAUUCGUUGUACAGUAGGAUCUAUCAAAUCUGCAAAUUGGAAUCACAAGGCCACCGCUCCAUCCACUGCCCUCUGGUUGGAUUUCGAGUACCAGCUCUUCGCUUACGCGGUUGCGCCGGCGCUGCGCAUGGCCGCGCCGCUCGCGCCUGUGCUGCCGCUCCAGGCACCCAGCCGGGCAUGCCCCGCCUCCCGGACCCUCCCGCGCCGCCACCUCCGUCCGUCGGUGUCCUUCACCGCAGCGGCCGUCCCAGGAGGCGUGAGCGGACCCGUGCUCCGCACCUGCAAGAAUUGCAAGAAGCAGUACGACCCGGCCGCAAAUCACCCAUCAUCCUGCCGCCACCACACGGCACACUUUGGAGGAGAAACAAAGAGAAAAUUCGAAAGCGUCCAUGUCGGUGGGACCAUGGAUACUCCGGGUGCAGGCAAAGUGCUCCAGUACUGGCAUUGUUGUGGGUCAGAAAAUCCAUUUGAUGUUGGUUGUACUGCUGCUCCUCACUCUUCAUACGAUGAUUGAAUACCAGGCUCUUAUGUGUCCACUGCGCUCUUGCUAUUCAGCUAUUGUUUUAGUUACAUGAAUAGCUUUCUACAUAUUGCUUAUUUUGCAUUUAUGUCUGAAUGGCAGGAGCGGCCAACAUAAUUUCCUUUCUAGCUUCUUAUAUUAUGUGUAUUUGAAUGUUCUAUCUAUGAAUGAGUCUAUCUACUUUUCUAAGAAA